UUUGAAAAGAAAAGGUUACAAUCAAAAAUGAAAUUAUUGGGAGUUUUAUCUCCUGCCAAAAAUUCCACUGUCAGCUUAGAUCUUCUUAACCUGUAUAUAGUAAAUCAGAUAUCUUGCAAGAAGGAAAUGUCUGAAAAUGUGAGAAAGCCAAUCCAUGUGAAUAUGAAUAGAGACAUAAAAAUGCCCCUUCGAAGGCAUGAUUUAGAACUUCCAGCGUCGCCUCACUAUAUACCAUCUAAACUCUGCCUUGAUGAAACAGAAAACAAUAUACACUGUCAAAGGCCAGGCAGCAAGGAAGAACUUGACUCAGUCCAGUCAUCACAAGUCAUGGACUCAUAUAGUAUUUUCAAACCUGAGUUCAGCAGAACAGAAAACUGCAGUUUCUGUUCACCAUCUUUUUCAGCAGAAUUAUCUUCUGACAGACAUAUUCCAAAGCAAAACUUUACUCCUCAAAUAGUCCUUUCUAGUCCUUGGAAAGUUGCAUAUGAAAAAAAGCAGAAUGAGCAACCCAGUAAUGUUAAAUAUUCUGAUUCGUUGGUUUCCAAAUUAAAUGAAAGUCAAGAUGCUCUCUGUCCAUCCUAUAAAACAGCACAAUUUGGAACAUUAUUUGAAAGAUUAAAUAGUCCAGGAAAUAGGAAUUUCCUUACUGAAAGACCCAGUAUAAUUAUGGAUGAAGAUUUUGGAAGUAUGGAUAGAAGAAAAGAGUCAGGCUUCGUUACUGAGAAACAGUCAGUGCAGCAUAAUUGGGGAGAAAAUAGAAAUUGCCAUGAAGAUGUGAACCAGUCAAUCCCCAGCCCUUUAUCAGAGAACUGUGACUCUUUCGUUAGCCAAAAUAUGAUCAAUUUAUUAAACAUAGAUCAACAAAGGAUAAAGAAGACAUUUGACAAGUGUGGCUGUGAUGAUAUAGGAGAUACUUGUGCAGUCCCUAGUUUUGGUAAAAACCAUUCCACUGAUGGAAUCAUUAGAAAUAUUUUUACAGUUCCAGAGUUGACUUUUAGUAAUUCUACUUUUAAUAAAACAAGUUAUCAUGAAAAGUGUCAGCCAAACAAGAACUAUCAGAAAAAGUACAACAAUAAUGAAAGAAACCAUUGUAGUAUGUCUUUUGAGAAGCAUUGUUACCCAGCUUGCUCUGAAAAAAAAGGAAACUUUGAAAAUUAUUACCAAAAGAAAAUACCACAGAAAAAUAUCCAGAAAUAUCCAGUGAACCAGAUGGAUAAUAAUAUCCCUUUGGAAGAAUUGUAUUCUAAGCAAUCAAGAGACUUUGGAGUUGGAGAGAAUCUGAUGGAAAAAGGAGGAAUGUGUUCUUUAAAAGGCAAGCCUGGGUCUACUAAGAAAAUCUAUCUUGAUUCUUCAUUGAGCAGUCAGUCUACCAAUUACUCUCCAAGGCAAACAGAUAGUUGUUUCAGUUCUAGUCCAGAGAUGCCAUCUGAAGAUGAAACUGAAGUAUUGCAGCAAACUGAAGAUUCAAAUCGAAGGCAGUUUAUCCAAACCAAAGAAACAACUAAUAAUUUUUAUCUAAACAGUAUGUUAAAACUUCCAGGUGAUAUGAUUGUUAAAAAUAAUGCCAAGAUUGAUAAACAGAAUGAGAAUUCUAACGAGUUCUCAAGAGAAAGUAAUAGAGAGCAGUUUUCACAGUCUCAGUGUAAUUCAACACAAAUAUUGCAAAACAAAACCAAUAAUAACUGCAUUCUACUCGCUGCAAGAAGUGAUGCAUGGGUACAAACAGAGAGUGAACGUGUAACGGAAGAAAAAUUAGAUGCUGCCAUACAGUGUGAUAUAAUUUCAAAAUGUGCAUGUAGAAGUGAUAUGUCUUCCAUUUGUAAUGUUGAAAGAUGCAGUGGAAACAUAAAGGCAGAUACCACUGGAGGGCAGGAAAUCCUUAAGAACAAAUAA